CCUGGACCGCUCUAAUCAAACACAUCCUCUUCAGCAUUUACACCAAGCUCUUCAUCUUCACACAGAGAGGAGAACGGGCUGCAGAGUAAAGCGAGCAGCUGACCUUCAGCAUGCAGCAUUAUGGAGUGAACGGCUACUCUCUGCACGCCAUGAACUCACUGAGCGCCAUGUACAACCUCCACCAGCAGGCGGCGCAGCAAGCACAACACGCGCCGGACUAUCGGCCCUCAGUGCACGCCCUCACCCUCGCAGAGAGACUGGCCGACAUCAUCCUGGAGGCCCGUUACGGUUCUCAGCACAGGAAGCAGCGCAGGAGCCGCACGGCAUUCACCGCUCAGCAGCUGGAGGCGCUGGAGAAAACCUUCCAGAAAACACACUACCCUGACGUGGUCAUGAGGGAGCGACUCGCCAUGUGCACCAACCUGCCUGAGGCUCGAGUACAGGUGUGGUUUAAAAACAGGCGGGCAAAGUUUCGUAAGAAGCAGCGCAGCCUGCAGAAAGAGCAGCUCCAGAGACAGAAGGAGGCGGGGACUGAUGCAGGUCAGGAGGCAGAGAAAGGAGAAGUCCCACCUACCACCACAUCAGAGUCCCAAACCCCUCCUCCUCCCCUGUCAGAAGGAAAUCGAUCCACACUACCUGCAGCAGGUGAGCUCACUGAGGAGGUGAACGUGACCUCACCUGAGCAGUCGGGGGCGGAGUCAGGAGCAGAGGAUAUGACUGACAGAGAGGACGAGCCGCCAUGUUUCGGAGGGGAGGUAAAAGCAGCAGGCCCACAGUUACCUGGUGAGAGUUCGCCGUCCUGCAAGCCACUGAGUCCAAAAUCAGACUCUCCCCUCAGCUCCCCAUCCCUGCCGUCUUCCAGUGGGGUCAGCAGCAGUGGUUUGGCUCAGAGUAACUCCUACGCCUCGUCUCCACUCAGCCUCUUCCGUCUGCAGGAGCAGUUCCGCCAGCAUAUGGCUGCCACCAACAACCUGGUGCACUACCCGUCCUUCGACAUGGCCUCCCCCUCCUCACUACCCUACCUGGGCAUGAGCGUAAACAUGGCCGCCCCACUGGGGUCACUGCAGUGCCAGUCCUACUACCAGUCCCUGUCCCAGGCCCAGCAGAUGUGGAGCAGCCCUUUGCUUCAGGCCACAGGAACGUUACCCAGUAUUAACAGCAAAACAACCAGCAUUGAAAACCUGCGCAUGAGGGCCAAACAGCAUGCAGCUUCACUUGGCCUGGACACUUUACCCAACUGA